ACCUAUGUUAAUAUGAACUGUCAGUAUUACUUGCAGUGUCAUUUGUCCAGUAAUUCGAGAUAAUUGUUUGUUUUGUUUGUUGUUCCAAGCAACCCGAGUGAAUUCGCAGGAUACUUAAGCUAUCUUAUCUCUCUUGUCAUAUCGGAAUUUGACAUUGCAUCACAUAAUAAAGUAGAACGAUAACCUCGUAGUGUCACUUUCGAAGUUGUUAGUAACACUACAAGAUAGUUUUCGAGAUGGCAAGUCAAUAUGUUACAGAAGAAGAGUUAUUGCAAUCUGCAAUUUCUGCACAUGAAUUAUUUUUUAAUUCCCCACCCGAAGUUGCGGCUGCUGCUCCGGGCCGAGUAAAUUUAAUUGGAGAACAUACCGACUAUAAUUAUGGAUUCGUACUUCCAAUGGCAUUACCUAUGGUCACCAUAGUUGCUGGAAAGAAUAAUGGCACUGAUACUUGCAAUGUUGUUACUACGAGUGAAAAUGCUGACAUGCCUACUUCCACGAGCUUUUCUAUUCCGUCGAAAGAACCACUCCAACCGGGAAUUCCCAAAUGGGCAAAUUAUGUCAAAGGUGUAGUUGCAAAUUUCAAAGGUGACGUUCCUGGCUUUGAUGCUGUCAUUGUGUCAAGUGUUCCUUUCGGAGGAGGAGUUUCCAGUAGCGCCUCUCUAGAAGUAGCAGUUUACACAUUUUUAGAAACAUUAACCGGCCAAAAGACUGAGUUCCUGGUGGAGAAGGCUCUGGCAUGUCAGAAAGCUGAGCACGAUUUUGCCGGAAUGCCCUGUGGAAUAAUGGAUCAAUCAAUGGAAGUUCACUUGGCGGCUAUGAAUGACCCGAACGUGGUAGUUCUUGUAACCAACUCGAAUGUACACCAUGAAUUGUCAAGUAGCGAGUACCCAACUCGGCGGAAACAGUGUGAAGAUGCUGCAAAAAUAAUACAAAAGAAAAGUUUGAGAGAUGCAAAUGAGGAAGAUUUAAAAGUUCUGAAGUGUAGAGGAGCUGACCCUUUGGUUAUCAAAAGGGCACGUCAUGUGGUUGGAGAAAUAAGGAGAACAGUAGAUGGUUCAGAAGCUUUAAAAGCCGGUGAUUACGCCACCUUUGGAAAACUGAUGAUUGAGAGCCACAAUUCACUGAGGGACGACUACGAGGUCUCGUGCGCGGAGCUGGAUGAAUUAGUGACAGCCGCUUUGGAGGUGGAGGGUGUGCUGGGCUCGCGCAUGACAGGGGCUGGAUUUGGAGGCUGCACAGUUACACUGGUGCAGAAGGAUGCUGUUGAUGCAACUAUUGAUAACAUUAAAAAAAAAUAUUCUGGUGAUGCUACAUUCUUUGUUGUGGCAGCAUCUCAAGGCAGCCAUCCAAUACCUCUGUGAUAUACCUAUGUACACAUUUUCAUUCCUCUAUGAAGUUUUGAGGCAUUAUAAAAAAAUAUGUAAAAGAAAAUGUCAUAAGAAAUUGUGUAUACAAAAGGUCAAAGACUAUUCUUGUUACAAUGUAAACGAGAAAAUAAAUGGUUUCAUAACAAAC